ACGCAAUAUUCAGAACUUUAUAUUUGUUGAUCCGCCCCUAGCUAGUUGUGUAUUGCAAUACGUCACGAACGGAGAAAGCCGAGUUUCUCCGAUUUGCCGAUCGGUGUAUCUAGAGGGAAACAUAAACAUCGAUUCGUCGAAAACACGUGUAGUGUUCAAGCCGAGGAUUAAGUACUUGGCGCGCACUCCGCGAACGCGCGUAAACAGCACUUCCUUGCUGAAGGUGGAGGGAAAACACGUGCAUUGAGGAGUUCCACCAUGUCCAAACCACUCGUCUCGUCCACCCCCAUGAAGUAUGAGAAGUCGGACUGCAGUUUGCUGACCAAUUAUACAGAAGUGCCCACAGAGGAUUCCAUUGCCGGACCAGAUGAAAUAGCUGUCUGCAUCGAGAAAAUUCCAGUGAAGAGAGGUCUAAAUGAAACUGAAGACAGCGACUCAACGUUAUCGUCUGACGCCAGCAGUAACAUGUUGUUCAAUAGCUUUGUCCAGAUUCAUGUCGGGGUGUCCAACUUCUACAAGUCUAAUCAUUCCCACAUCAAAACGGGCAUGUACGUGUCCUUGGGUGUGCUGUACCUUGCCUACUUUGUGGCUGCCAUGGUGAUCAGUCAACAACAGAAGAUCAAGGAUCCAACACCUCUCAUUGUUGUAACCAUGGUUACGGUUGUGUGUAUAACAAUAUGGCUGGUUAAAAAGAUGUUCGGAAGGAAAAUUUCAGAAAAACUGGUGUUAUCCAUCGUGAAUGUUUUUAAUCAACGUCAGAAGUUGAUCCGUGUUAUUCAAAUUGUCCUGUGCUUUCUGCUUGUCGUGGCAGCCAUUAUUGUUACCGCGUUCUCGGUGUGGGAUCGCCCCAGGAACCUCGUCUCUAUCUGCGGCUAUGUCCUGCUUCUGUUUGUUCUUCUCGUCUGCUCCGUUCAUCCCACCAAGGUGAUCUGGCGCCCAGUUCUUGGAGGUCUCGCCCUGCAAUUUUUCUUCGCUGCUCUGAUUCUGAAGACAGAUGUUGGUCAAGCGGUGUUCGAGUUUCUUGGGACUCAAGUUCAAACCUUCCUUAGUUUUACCAACACAGGGACCAAGUUUGUGUUUGGAGACAAGUACACGGAUCACCCAUUUGCUAUGAUGGUGCUGCCAGUAAUAGUUUUCUUCAGCUGUGCGAUAUCUGUGCUGUACUACAUCGGGGCCAUGCAGGUUGUCAUCAGCAAGAUAGCCUGGGUCAUGAGGGUUGGCCUGGGUACAUCUGCACCGGAAUCACUGUGUGCUGCUGGCAACAUAUUCAUUGGACAGACUGAAGCCCCUAUCCUCAUUCGUCCUUUCUUGGCUCUGAUGACGAAGUCUGAGCUGCAUGCUGUCAUGACAGGCGGAUUUGCCACCAUUGCCGGCGGGGUGUUGGCAGCUUAUAUAUCAUUUGGAGUGUCGGCAGAGCACCUGUUGUGUGCCUCGGUGAUGAAUGCCCCCUGUGCCCUGGCUGUGUCUAAAUUAUUGUAUCCUGAAACAGAGACCAGCAAACUCAACAAGGCCUCCGACUUGGACAAAGAGGAAAGAAAAGAAAGGAACAUUCUAGAAGCUGCCGCUGCUGGUGCCUCAUCUUCCAUUAAACUGGUGGCCAACAUCGCAGCCAAUCUUAUCGCCUUCCUUGCAAUGCUGGAGUUUGUUAAUGCCGUCCUGUCCUGGUUUGGCGGAUUUGUGGGUUACCCAGAGUUCUCGUUUCAGUUGAUCUGUUCGUAUGUCUUGAGGCCACUGGCUUAUCUAAUGGGUGUGCAGUGGGAUGACUGUGGAAUUGUGGGAGAAUUGAUUGGAAUCAAGACCUUCCUUAAUGAAUUCCUUGCAUAUGGAGAAUUAUCAACCUACCUUAAAAACCGAGAACUUUGCAUCGGGCGAAUUUUGGCUGUUCGAUCUGAGAUCAUAGCCACUUAUGCCCUUUGUGGAUUUGCCAACUUGAGUUCUAUCGGGAUUCAGCUCGGGGCCCUUGGUCCUAUGGCCCCUAGUAGGAAGGGGGAUCUGGCUCAGAUAGUUCUGAGGGCUCUCCUAGGAGGAAUAGUGACCAGUCUUCUGACCGCAUGUAUAGCAGGUCUCCUGGUAACAGAACCAAUCACUCAGCUUUCUUGUAUAAACUCCACGGUUGUAAACGCUACAAUGACUCCAAUGUUGAAUACGACCUCAACCUUGACCUUUGUGACACGCAUCAUUGAGCAGACAACAGCAACAUCUCUCUGAUGAUGGAUUUACGAUAGGCAGCCAUAUUUAUAAUUGUUUAGAUCUUUUUUACUUUGUAGAAAUAAUGUGCUUUGGGGAUGGUGUCUUUUUUUACAAUUUGUUCUAGUUAUACAUGUAGCUGUAUUUUGCCCUAGAUAUUGUAAAUGUAUUCAUGCUCAAUUACUGUCUCGCUUUGAUAGACUGUAUUUAUCAUGUAAUAUACAUAUGAUUCUCAUCAAAGAGUUUACUCAAGAAUCUCAUUUUUAAAUUACAAGACUUAGUGGUAUUUAUCAAGUAAUAUACAUAUGCCUUUCAUCAAAGAUUUUACUCAAGAAUCUCAUAAUCAAAUUACAAGUUAGGCAGCUUUAAGUGCUAUCAAAAGCUCUGUUUGAGAUGCUUACAAUCUAGUCCAUUUUUUAAGGAAUGUGUUAUUUAUAAUGUGCUAUUUAUGGAGAAGAAUUAUUGAUGAUGUAUUCAUGUUAAUGAAAUCCUAGUGCUGGUAUCAUAUUGAUACUUUGAGAGCUGUAAGUAAAAUGUUAUUUACAUGAUUCAUGGAAACACUCGUUUUUUAUAUCCUGUUGUUUCCACCCACUACAACUUGCAUGUUGAAUUUUUAGUUUGCUUGAAAACGUCAUGUAUGCACUGUAAAUUAUGAACAGUUUAGUACACAUGUUUAUUUCAGUUUUCAUGAAAGAAAAAAAAAGCCAAAACCGGCAUAUAUUUUUUUUUAUCAUUGUUGCAUUUGCUAUCCAGCCUACUUCUGAAUUUUGUCUGCAAUAUGUAUGAGUUUAUGUCUCGGAUGGAAAAACCAGUCAGCAAUUUGUAAGAAAAAUCCACCAAUUUCGAAAGUUUGAACCAAUUUUAUGGACAUUAUUUCUUUCAUUGAAAUCAUUUAAACGUUUCCUACAAAGUCUUAUAAAUAUAAAGACUGUUGACAGCGAUUAAGGUGGUAUUAUAACACACCUGAGGUAAUUUUAUUUGGGUGUUAUUCCUCCUUAAUUUGAUUGGAGUGGACAGAUGUGUAGCUGUGGAGUGUGCGAUUCUGGGAAUGGUUACACAUGCCCACACUCAUCCUUCUGACAGCGAUUAAGGAGGUAUAGCAUGCCUGAGAUAAUUUUAUUUGGGUGGUAUUCCUCCUUAAUUUGAUUGGAGUGGACAGAUGUGUAGCUGUGGAGUGUGCGAUUCUGAGAAUGGUUACACAUGCACACACUCGUCCAUCUCACAUUCUCCCAAUUCUUGUUAUUUAUCAUGAGGCUUGAGGACCAGACUCUAGAAAAAAAUUUCAAACUUAUAAGUUUGAGUUUUCUAUUAUUUAAACAGUCAAAAUUCUAGUAAAAUCUUGGACUUAAAUUCCAAUUUUGACCUCAAUUUUUUUCUUUGGGAAAUUCAGACCUGGAGGUUAUAAAACUUUUUUAAUUCAUACACAGUACUCAAACAGGUACCCUGGACUCCAACCCCAUACUCCUACUCAAUAUUCCACUCUAAUUUAUGUUUAACUUGAGAUAACGAGUAUGGCUUCAGAGCACAAAUCAUGGGGUCUGUGUAUAAGGAGUACAUACAUGUACUCAUAACAUUUUAUAUCCCCCUCCCCCACCACCAACAUCAAAGAAAGAUUUUGGGGAGGUAUAUUGUGUUUUCAGUCUGUCCUCAACUUUAACCUUGGUAAUAAUUUAAACUAUUCUUGAUAGAGAAUACAUGAAACAGAAAUGUCAAGGCUACAUGUCUGAUCAAGGUCAAAUUUACCACAUAUGAACUUGCCCAUACUCCUAGACAAGGGGUCUGUUAUUUUCUCGGAUUCAGAAUUGGUCAGAAUAUCACCAGUAUAUUGUCUCCAGUCUCUGCCUGCUCUUUGAGAAGUAGAUGCUAGCGGCCUACCGGGGAUUUCUGAACUGCAGAUGAGCAAAUUAGGAUAACUUUUGUAGCUGUCCACCCAAUCAGAUGAAUACACCCAUUGUGUUGAUCAAAAACGCAUUUGAAACUUCUGUGAAAUUAAGGCUGUUUAAUCAUAUUGAACAAUACUUGGUUUUGAGGAUUUUUUUUUUAUUCUAACAGACUGGUAUAUGUAAUAUACCCAUAGUAUUGAUGGAUAGCAAAUCUGAUUCUAUAAGAGUAGUGUGUUGUGUUGCAUUGCUUUUUUUUUGUUUUUUUUUUUUGAGACUAAUGCUUGAGAAGUGAUUAAGUGAAGAACAUGUUAUAAUCCUUGUAUUAUGAGUAAUAGUAUACGGUUUAAAGUUUUAUCCAUCUCACUUCGAAGAUCCAGAAAUUUACUAUGUAUGAUCUCACAAGGCUGGAAUAAAGAAUGAAAAAUGGA